AUGGAUAAAGAUAAUAAUGAAUUUUUUGAAUACAAGAAGCCUUUUAAAUUUAAUAAACUAUGCAUGGCAUUUAAAGAUGAUUGUAAUAUUUUAUCAAAAUUAGAAAAAAAUCAAUUACCAUCAGAUGUAAUGUUAUUAGAUGGAUUCAAUCAAAAAUUCAUACAAAAUAUAUUACCUGAGGGUCUUGAAUCAUUGUAUUUAGGUGAUAUAAAACAAGAAUUAGUUAUUGGUUCAAUUCUUUAUACUGUAAAGAAUGUCUAUUUAUUUGAUGGAUUCAAUCAAAAAUUAAUACCUGCUGUAUUACCAAAAGGUGUUAAAUCAUUGUUUAUAGGUGAUAUUAAACAAAAAUUAAUUAUUGGUUCAAUUCCUAAUACUGUAAGGAGUGUAUAUUUAGAAGAUGGAUUCAAUCAAAAACUAGCACCUGCUAUAUUACCAGAAGGUGUUGAAUCAUUGGAUUUAGGUGAUAUAAAACAAGAAUUAAUUAAUGGUUCAAUUCCUAAAACUGUAACCAAAGUAGUUGUUUCAAAAAAGUUUAAAUACCAAAUUAAACCCUAUGUUUCUAAUAAAGUUCAAACCACGGGAAAAAUUAAAAUUCACUGGGAGAAGUUUUAUUGA